GUUAUAUUGUAAUGGAUGGUAAAAUCCUACUAUAAUGUUGCAUUGGGGACGUGUCAACCAAGCCGGCCCAACACGCGCGAUGAAAUAAACAAAACAGAGGGUAUGUGUUUGUGUGGUCUAGUGUGUAGUCAGCUGUGAUGUAGUUGAAUUGAACGAACAUAAAAAUACCUUCUUUCUUCUUUUGACAUUAUACGUCUGGACGCGUUUAUGCCUCAACAGCAGUCGGUAUGCCUUGGUCUGCACGCCUUAAGUCUACAGUCAAGGUACUGAGUGGUGGAACAGUGUUGUUUGUGGGUUUUUCUCUUGGGUUUGGUAGCGAGAAAUUCUACCGCAAUGUCGCCAUGCCGGUAACGCAGUUAUUACUCAAUGCAGAGACGGCUCACAGGUUUGCUGUAAAAACGGCUUCUUGGGGACUCGUACCGAGAAAUAGCUAUGUGGACCCGCCAUCAUUGGGAGUUUCAGUGUGGGGACGACACUUCAGCAACCCAGUCGGUCUUGCUGCUGGCUUCGACAAGCACGCUGAAGCUAUGGACGGCAUGCUGAAGAUGGGCUUUGGUUUCGUGGAAGUUGGGAGCGUGACGCCAGAACCACAGGAGGGCAACCCCAAACCCAGAGUAUUCAGACUGCUGGAAGACAAAGCCAUUAUUAACAGAUAUGGGUUCAACAGUGAAGGGCAUAAAAAUGUACUCAAACGGCUGGAGGAAAGGAAAAAAAGAGAAAAGAAGGGCAUCGUUGGAAUUAAUUUUGGUAAGAACAAAACGUCGCCAGACACUGUGAAUGACUAUGUGAAGGGAGUGAAGUGCCUAGGUUGUCUCGGGGACUAUCUAGUUAUCAACGUGUCAAGCCCCAACACCCCUGGACUCAGAAAAAUGCAGGGUAGACAACAACUGGAAGGACUAAUUGAUAAGGUUCUUGAGGCUCGGAACUCCUUGCCAUGUUCUCCAAAACCUCCAGUGCUGAUCAAGAUUGCCCCAGACCAGACGCAGCAAGACAAAGAAGACAUUGCACAAGUUGUCCUCCAAAAACAGGUGGAUGGUUUGAUUGUGACCAACACUACAAUAACCAGACCUGAGAGUCUACAAAGUUGCAACAAAGUAGAAGGAGGUGGUCUUAGUGGACCUCCACUCAAACAGAUGUCUACGGAUACAAUCAGAGAUAUGUAUACUCUGACACAGGGGAAGCUACCAAUCAUUGGAGUGGGUGGGAUCAGCUCUGGCCAGGAUGCAUUUGAGAAGAUCAAGGCAGGUGCCUGUCUAGUACAGCUUUAUACUGCACUGGCGUACGACGGGCCACCCUUGGUAAAGAGGAUCAAAAGGGAGCUUGAUGUACUGUUAAGGGAAAGUGGUUACAAGAGUGUUGAGGAAGCCGUCGGUGCGGACAAUAAAUCGAGUUGACGAGAAAAUAAACGAGCUAAGUUAGAAUAUGAACCAGCUGGUCAAGGAGAGGGGUCAAAGGUCAUUGCAAACCUUCAUAAAGCUGUCUCAAUCUUCAGGAUAUUUUUUUUAUUUCUUAUAACCCUGAUGACAGUAAUCGUUUUAAUUCAUAUUCUAGACCAGGAGCUGCUUCAGCAGAAAAUUAUGUUAAGGCCGUGUCCGAAUUGGCGACUUCGGCUACAGCUACGGCUAGGGCGCGCGCGUCUGCUAUUCUUCAACACUGACAAUUCGGACACGGCCUUACAAUGUUGUACAAAGCAGAAAUUAGCACGAUACCAGUUUUGUAAUCUGUCUUUCAAUGUUUGAUGGGGUAUUGGCUGUUGAUGGAGUAGUAACAGCCCUGUUUCGUUAGGAUUCGGGGGACCUGGAUUAGACCCUUCCAUGACUAUGCUAUGCAUGGGACAGACUCUUUUGGUUGGCAAACAGCAUAGAGUUGUGCACUGGACAAACGCACAAACGCAAUGCGGCACGCCACCAUCAGCCCAAGGCGAGAUGGUCCCUCAUUUUGCCCACCUGUAAUGGAAGUGCCUUUGUGCAAUUUGCAUUUUUCAUAGGAAGGGUUUACAGUCGCACUAUCUCAUAUAAAACGAACGAGAGGUUUCAACUAUUGGGUACAAAAAGAAAUGAAAUCAUGCCAUAUUGUGUAGGGGGAGAGAGUGAAAUUUACAGUAGUUUUUGAAAGGUGAAGGUUAACUUUGGUGUAAAUGUGGAUUUGAUUACUGUAGUAUUUCAUACUCAAAUCAUUUUGUUUUUAGAGCCAGUGUAACUGGCAAUUAUAAAUUCUGAUUCUGUAUGCAAUCUUUUUGAUAUAUCACUGUCAAGUAAUUAUUUCACAAAAUACAACCACAAUUAUGUUUCAAAGAAACAGUUUUGAAUAACUUUAUUUUCACACUACCUGUAUUUAGGGAAAAAAAACAAUGUGAUACAAAAAAGCUACGCUAUUUGUACAUUAAUUAAAUUUGGGUCGAUCAAAGAAUAAAGUUGGUUAAUAAACUUGCAAAAUCAUUGACAUAAGUUUGAAGUUUGUUAGUCUUGUUAAUAUGUCAUGUAUGUGUACAUGUAGUUCUCUGCAAGAACACAAUGUGUUUGGAAAUCACUUUCAGCACUUUGAAGUCAGAAUGAAAAAGCUGUACAUACCAUUACCAGGCGUAAAGUUUGAACUUUGAGCAAAAACUAAUAUUUUCCAUAUUGCAAGGGCCGACCUACACAAGGGCAGAUCUACAUUAUGCACGCAUAGUACCAGGACAAAUAUUUGACCGGCAAAAUGCUGCAAUAACUAUUGUGUAAAUGAUGUCAAGUAAAUUGAGCUUUAAGUUUGUUUUGGCGGUUACUUUUGUAAUGAAAAACCAAGAGACAAUGGCAAUGCAUAAACACAAGCUAAACAUUCUGAGGGCAAAAAAAAAUAAUUGAAAAUCAGAUUUUAAUUCCGAUAACUCUGAAGAACAUCAUGCCUGCAAUUGUUAUUAAGCACGUAAACUGCAUAGGCCCAGCUCUUAGAACAAUUCCUUGAAAAUGUAUGCAUAAACUACCACAUACAACUUAGUUUGUCAUUCGUAAUCAAAGACAUUAAACCAAUGUCUGUUUAAUAUGAGAGAGAUUGGCUGUUGCUAGCUUGGUGUUCAUAUCAUAUCCCCUAUUGGGAAUUUGCUGUGUCCCCUUCACAGGGAGAUCAUCUAAACAAACCGAAAAAAACAAAC